GCAUGAAGCAGACAAACAUGGCAGCUAUCACCGACAGCAACAUGAACAUCUCAACGUCCGUCGCUGGCCUUUUGAAUGAGAAACACUGCCCUGAACACUUGCAGGUUUUAAAAACGUUCACGACCGCGUUACGGGACAAGGAAUACAGAGAUGCUGUGGAUGAGGAGGUGUUUUCCAGUCUUCUGAAAGUCUUGUCCCGACUGUGUGACGAGCUUCAGGCUGCCAGCUGUGACAAUCAGGAUCUGCAGUCUGUCGCCCUGCAGUUGCAGCUGACAGCUGAGUGCUUCAGGACUCAGAGGAACGCCUGUGUCCAGAGCACCCGCAACCAGAGUCUGCUCAGGGAUCUUGGUUUUAUUGAUAUAUCCAUUAAACUCCUGAGUGUCCUUCAGAUCGCAAAUUUGGAGAGUAGAGAUAUUUCCAUAUUUGAACCUCUUCGUUGUGGGAUCCAGUUCCUCGGUAACUUAUCAGUUGGAAACCAGCUGUGUAAAGAUGACAUUUGGAGGCUCAGCUUCCCAAACCUUCUUCUGCAGCUGCUCAGUGUUGAUGAUGAGAAGGCGGUGAACUACACCUCUAUGGUGCUUCACACAUGUCUGGAUGAAGCCAAGGUAGAAGAACUGUCUGAUCCGCAGAACAUCCAAGUGGCACUCAGGGUGAUGGAGCUCUGCAGGACCCAGCCUGACCUGGACUGGACGGUUCUCAUUGCUACCCAGCAUUUCCUCAAGUCUUCAGCUCUGGUGGAGAGCAUGUACUCUGGGAUGUCUCAUCAGGAAAGAUUAACUCUGUUAGAGCUGCUCAUUGCCCAGCUACAAGAGGAGCACUCGAAGGACUGCGGCAUCCCUCCCAGUGUGGCCCGCUUCCUGGCUAGUUCCUUCCAGACAGGGUGUGGGGCUGUGCUGACACUCGCCACUGGCUCCGCUUCUAGUGAUGAGGUCCUGCAGGAGGCGCUGACAGUGAUCAGCCUGCUGGAUGUGCUGUGUGAGAUGACCUCAGACCACAGGCAGUUUAUGUUUCUCCAGGACCAUCCUGACCUUUUAGAGACCACUGUCGCGCUCCUGAAUCAGGUGCAUGCUAUAGGGAAGGCCAGUAAGAAUGUUUUCAGUGCUGCUCAGAACUUCUCCUCCCUCAGUGAUGACGGAGACCCGUCUCUCCACUCUCCUGUCAUCAGCUUCAAGGCCCACCUCAUCAGGCUGAUAGGAAACCUCUGUUACGGCAACACCAACAACCAGAACCAGGUGAGAGAACUGGAAGGCAUCCCGCUCAUCUUGGACAACUGCAACAUCGACAGCAACAACCCAUUUAUCAGCCAGUGGGCCAUCUUUGCCAUCAGGAACCUCCUAGAACACAACAAGCAGAACCAGGAGCAGGUUGCCGCCUUGGAACGCCGUGGCACCGCAGACUACUCGGCGCUCAGGGAGCUGGGUUUCCUGGUGGAGGAACGAGAUGGAAGCUUGCUGCUCAAAACUGUGAGGAAAGACUCUUGAGCACCUCAGAGGAGCAGCCAGGAGAGAGGAGGCCCUCAACCCGCACGCAGGUUCAUGUUUAGAAAGGAAUAAGGUACAUGUGCACACGCAUACACCUGUGUGAACAUGUACAUCAAUGUUACUUAAUGCUUAAGCUUCAUCUGCAAGUGAAUUACAACUCCACCACUAAACACAUACAUUUUGUGCUUGUCCAGAUUAACUGACAGCCGCAAUGCUGAUAGGCUAAAAAAUGCUUUAGAAUGAGAUAAUUCCAUGAGAGAAGUACGUAUAAAUUACUUUUCUACCUCAGUAAUGCUUGCACUCAUGCCCAAAUGGGUGUUAGAUGUUCUCGAUACACAAAAGGCCCAUGGGGUCCCCCUGGUAUAAAAGAGGUCAAGACAUCAGGAGCUCUUGUUUUGUCUUGACCUGAGUGUGGGAAAUGAAGAGUUUGGGAGAGGCGAGCACACGCUGGUACCUUUGGCAGAGCUGAUGCUUUGUGGUUUAAUCCAAAGACAAAGAGCACCACAGUGUCCGCGCUUUUCACUUUGCACAGACACUGAUGCUACCAGCAGGGGUUGGGGUUUAAUCCCAGGCCCAUAGUGACUUCUGCAGUAACCGCGAAACAGAGAAUGACCAAAACAUCAUGUAAUCAACCCCCUCACCGCCUUACCUAUUUAGACGGUGGUGUCGUUGCCAGAGGGACAAUCAAGCACUUAAAAUCAUUCAUCUAAACAGGCAUGAUAUUAUAAUUAUAAUGUUAGGACCUCCAAGUGCAAAAUGCAACACUAAUAACUGACGAUAUGCAUGUUUUGUCUCAGAAAUGCUCAGUAUACAGCAUGAGCUUCUCAUUUUAUCUCUGCUUCUUCUAUUACUGUUAUAAUAGGCACGAGUUCCAUACUCAACAUAGUCUCAUCACUUUCAUCUUUUUUCUUAUCAUCUCAAGGCCAAAAUACGUGGGGCAUAGACGCAGAAUGCCUGCAGCAGAGCACGUCCGUUAUAAUCAAUUGAAGCUGCUACACUGACCACAGAAAUCGCACUCACUGGUCAAUGCUCUUUUUACGCAGUAUUUUUUCUUCACACGAGACUCUGCAGGCUCCAGCAGGUAAAAACUACACAGCGGUGUGUGAAAAAUGAGUACAGUUUGUUUAAAUUGAUUAUGUACCAGAGUCAAUGUGAUGCAGCAAAUCAACCCUGUGGGUGUUUAUUUCACAUUCAGAUAAAUCUAUCAAAUCAGCGCAUCCUGCAGUUAAAGCAAUCCAGUUAAUUAAUUUAUUACCAAUUAAUGUAGCAUACCGUAUGCUUCCAAACCCUGUAAAACCAACUGCAUUAUUUCUUGGCAAAACUAAAUACACGCACACAGUAAGCUGGCAGCAACCACACGCAUCAAAGACCCUGCACCGCAUCCGUGCUCUAUGUAUUUUGGCUGUUAUUCUUAAAGGAAUUCGCCUGCAAAAUGACCACUUGUAUGUCCAUUACUCAGCCUGUGUUAUGUUGAAUUCAUAGAGAAAACUUUCUUUUCCCAGCAUGCCUUCACAGUGAACAAAGGAUCCCAAAAAGGCGAACUUUCUUAAUGAGUUCAAGUAAAAGGGGGACUACGAUUAACAACAGAAAAACUAUAUCAAAACAUCCGUUUACAAACUCUAUGGUCGAUUCGAGCACGCCUGGACAUGUGUGUAAGUUUGAGCUCGAGUUCAAACACACACACAUGCACAAAUGUACCUAUAGGCACACUACUUGUCCGUGCAUGAGACUGAUACUGUUUAAUUAUUUGAAAGGUUUUCACAUAAAUGUUUGUGUUUGGGAAGUACUGAGCAUACGACUGGAUAAAUGAGACUUGGAUUAUAGUGCACAAGUUGUUGGAAAGUUUGUAAAGGGAUGUUUUCAUAAAAUUUUGCUGUUGCUAAAUGUGGUUAUACAAAUGGUCAUUUUGCAGUAUUUCUUUAAUCUUUUUUCAUUCCUGUUGCAUAGUACUAUAGAUAGAUAAGGUAUUAGGACUCCUGGCAUGCUUUAUAGAUCAUUAACCAUCUUGCUUUGAGCGGUAGACUGCUUCUCUUCACUCUUCUCUAUAUUUGUACCAGACUGCAUAGACUUUCUUAGAAAUUAAGUUAAUACCGUACUUCCUAUAUGGCUGUGGCUGUUUGUAUGCAUGUGCUUGUGCUUCUUUCGAUAAGAGAUAGUGAUUCCGGAUCAGUAGAUGACGGAUUAGAGCAUCCUGAAAUUGUACAUCCUAAGAGUGAGCGAGUGAAUGAAUUAAUGAAUGAGUGAGUGAGUGAAUCAGACCAUAAUCAUUAGUUUGCAGAAUGACAUCCCUCCCUGUUCCUCCCGUUGCUGGAUAAGCUGAACAGUCCUGACACCUCAACAAUGCAGCGCUUUACAGGCCUGCCCACACCCUGCUCCACCCUGUUUGCUCUGCCUCUGAUUUUUAAUGACAAAAUGUAUUGAAACAAUCGGCUGGACUCUCCCCUCAAUCCGCCGGCAUAGUGAAGGGAGCUUAUGCGGUUCCGGUCCCCAGGAUUUCAGACAGCUAACAAAACAGCUGUUACUUGCGCUUGACUGGCUGGCUGCAAUGCUUUUCAGCCCCACAGGAAAGAGGCUGUGCGAGUCAGCCGGGCUGAAUGAGGUGGCAUGGCCGCAGCCGUCUGUUCACCUCCUAACACAUUAGUACCACAUCAGUCAAGGCCAGAAGUUCUUGUGUUUCCCAUAUCAGCGUUUUAUUCCAUCGGCCUCUUCUAUAUUGUAUUUGUGCCUUCUGGUUUGAUAUUUACCUUCAGCAUAAAAACACGUUAUCAGGGUGUAAAUUAUUUGCUAUAUGUUUGGGUCAAAUAAUGUUUAUAUAAUGCUUAAUAAAGUAUUAUGCGUGACAAA